GUGUUCUGAGGAAUUGAUUGAGAUGAUCCCAUCAUCUCAUUUUUACCAUUGCACGCCCCCCACCGGAGUAGAGUUCAUCCAUAUUACCUGGAGCCACUGAGUUCAUCCAGUGCGUUUCCAGAGAUCUUUUUGCCACAUACCAUCCGGCUGUGGAAUGAGCUCCCCUCCGCGGUGUUUCUCGAGCCUCGUCAUGUCUUCAGAGGAGGCUUGUGGAGAGUACUUAAUUGUAGGCAGCGGCUUGGCUCUGCCCCUGGCAUUGCUGAAGUCCAUGGGCGGCGGUAACCACUCACCGUCAGGUGGGGUGCUCAUCUACAAAGGCAAUAAGAAAAGAAAUUUGUAAGUCGUUGAUAAUAAUUGUGAAUACUAGUGAACACAUGUUUUGUUUUUGUACGAUCAGCAGGAUACUAUGUUACGAUAAAUGAUAGCUUAUGUUUCAGAAUAUUUAGAAAUAUUGUACGUGUCCGUUCUUGAUGUUCAUCCUUGUAAAUACGUAAAGAAUGCAUAAAUUUCAUUCGGCACCAAGUAUGUCAUUCCUCCCUGCAAAAAGUGAUAUCAUAAUGAAGUUUUCUAAAGAUGAAACAAUAGAGAAUUCUUAGUUUAUCUCACAGUUACUUCCUUAAUGGUUAGUGCCAUAUGGCUUAUUACUGCCUCUAGUCUAUGGAAUGUGAGAUAUUCUAAGCCCAGUUCAAACACUUUAAUAACGAGCUCACGUGUUCCGCGAAUAAACAGAAAACGCAGACUAAUGUAGGCACGAGGUCGUCCUAAUAAAAUUACGUCAUGUUCAGUUUUAAAAUUCGUACGGCAAAAAUUUCAGUAUUAUUUGGAAAAAUAAAUAUUUUACUAAUUUUGUAACGUUGCAAUAAGAUAGUUUUUUUUAAACCAUACCCAUUUGCAACAAAAUACUGACUUGGCUGUUUAAGAUACACAUUUCCCUGCCUAGGGGAGCAAACCGAAAAAAAAAUCGGGUUCCCGCCAUUGACCAACUCUAACAUUAAAUAAGUUUCUGUCCCACAAUUAACUUUGUAAUUUACGUAAAAUGUGUUUGUUAUUCGAUGCGUCUUAGGCGUCUUAGCACUCUGCCUGCGCUUAAUUCUAAUAAAACUUGAUAAAUUACGUUACAGAUAAACUCGCCAUGAGUAUGAUAAAUGUGAAUAAAAAAUAUUGGCACUGGAUUUGUGUUUGACCUUGAUUCUCAAUACAAUGUUCGUUCGAAGACUAAAAAUAUCAGCAAGUUAAAUUGAAAACACAUAAUGUAGUCUGUUCUCGUUCUGUUUAAGAUUACAUGUCACGUACACGUGCCUACAAAUUCGCAAGCGAAAUGCCUGAAUCUCGCUAACAUUUUCAAGAUAAGCUUACUUAUAUACAAGUUCCGAACAAUAAGAUUCGGACCGUCGCGUCGUCGGUCUACCAAGCUAUUUCACUCGCUCGAUGGAAGAUCUUCCCUUUGUCGUUACCUCCCAAAGACACUAAAUUUAUCAGAAGCGUCUUUAAAAACUUGAACAAAAUGAGUCCACCUCACGUGACUUCGUUUUGUUGCUGCUGGGGACUCGAGACUGGUUCAAAACUAAUUGGUUCAUUACAAUUGUUGUUAUCAUUGGCACUGGUGAUCGUGUGUUCGAUAUGUGCCGAGGACGCCCGUGCUCUGAUGGGUACCAUCGAAGACGCUGAAGACCACUUGUACUCGACCUGGUAUAAGGUCACGGUUGCCGGAGUCGCUGCCUCCUUGAUACACCUGGUGCUGGCUGUCAUUUUGAUGUUUUCAAUCUUCAAGCGCAACAUAACCGGUCUCAAAGUGUGGGUGUACACAAUGAUAGUCUUGUUCGUGUGCGCGCUGUUGUUCAUUAUCUUAACCAUGGUGCUGUGCGGAUUCUCCGGAUCCGGAUCUGAAAUAUUCGUGGCGUUUCUGGAAGCGGUUUUAGCCUUUGGUGUGAUCGCUUAUUGCGUUCUCGCGGUGUACAGCUACAGUCUGCUGCUGCAGAGCUCCCAGGAGAUGAGCAAUCCGAACAAGGUCGAUUUUAUGUAAACACUUUACAUGUGACGUUCGACAGUUUUAUGAAAGAAAAUAUUGAAAAAAAAACAAGAAAAAAAAAACGGAAGCUAUAUUUUUCGAGUAUUUAACUCCGUACCAGUUACAAAUACAGUGUUGCCAUUAAGCAGAAAUGAUUUCCGAAAGAAAAAAAAAAGGAUAAUUAUUUUUGAUAUUUGAUUCUUUGAAAGAUACGUACUUAAAGUGUGCAAAUGAAGUACUUGUAUAAUACAAAAAGCAAUUGUCGGCAUUUAUAUUUUUGUGGGAACUUGUAAAGCUUGUACGUCGAAUAUAUAUAUACUAGCUGUACCUGUCCGCUUCGCUGGGUAUAUAAAAUUAACAUUAAUAAAUAUUAGUCUAUCCAUUAAGUACAUGUAUUUUCUACAUGGAUACCGAGUUUCAAGUCAAUCGGAUGCACGGUUCAGUAGUUUUAACCGAGCAUCCGUAAAAACUACUGUAGAUUUAUAUAUUAGUAUAGAUAUAGAUUAUGAUUGAAUGGUUACUGGUGUCCCGGAGAUCUCUCCAGUUUCACCAGGACAGGUGGACGAGCAAAGGCUCAGCCAGGAAGGGUGGGGUUUUGCUAACAGCUGCCCGAGCGCCUCCGAAGGAGACCUAACAACUCAAGAGCAGCUAGAAGUAAAAUAUUGUCAGCGGCGUGCUCAGACUAAAGUAGUAUGCAGAGACAUGUGUAGCAGUCCGCCUAGCGAACCUAGUGAUAGAAAAGCAAAUGUUUAAGUACAAAUUUUGAAAUACAUUACAUUUAUAAUAGACGGCAGCUUUUUGAUUUAAUUCAGAGGUUCUCAAACUUAUUUUGUCUAGUACGUCACUUUGAGAAUAAAUUGGUUUUUAGCGCCCUAAUUUUUUCACCUACUUAAAUACCACUAUAGCGAGAGCUUAAUCGAAGGUUGGGUUCACAAGGCAUUGUCCUGCACGUUUAUCUGCAGUAUAAGUCUUAACGAAUGAUUAGUGGUAUGAAUAGUGGCACAUACAUUGUACAUAGAAUCAUUGGCGUGUCAUUUGUACUGCAAAAAAUCGUACGCCGCUUAUGCGUUUAAAUGAAUACUCAACGGACUUGUCAAGCAAAUCGAAUGAAUUUUAACGGCAGUGGCACAUAGUAUAUAGCUCUGUCUCUUUCACACGUUCGUUUUUACACGAAUGAAAAUUACUGCACGAACACCCAGAUGAUUGUACGUUAAAACAACGAAUACAAAGAAAAUAUGCAGGGCAAUGCCGUGUGAACCCAACCUAAGAGUUAUCCUAGACGAAAUUACAAAUCUCUUCCCAAGCCUCUAUACAACGCCCCCUUUUUUCCUAGGUCUCGUAACGUCCCCCUUUAGGCCUGUAGCGGCCAAAAAGGGGCGUUAUCGCCCACUUUGGGAAAGGUUCAUUUAAUUGAUCGUAUAGAAGAACUAAGGACAAAUGGCGCUAGCUCCGUAGUGAGGGGACUGACAGGGUUGUCACACCUUGUCAACCAAAAGAGCCAAAUAUAGAUAACGCGCAAUUGAAAUUUAUUCCAAAUGUCAUUUUAUUAACAUAUUAAUAUAAUAAUAUAUUUUUAUAAACUCAUGUUUCAAAAAUGUAUAGCCGUUGACGAUAACGUUAGUAUCUUCACAGCCCUAUGUUUUAUAAAGUAUUUAUGAUAUCUAAUAUACCAUUUACUUUGAGAUCUGAGGUCGAAUGUCUCAAUGAACAAGGACGAUCAAUAUGAACGUUUUUCUUGUAUAUGUAUUUUAAAUAAACCCUGUAAAUCUAGUCGAAACUGUAAAUAUGUGGGUCUAACCCAAUUUGAUAUAAUAAUGAUAUUACUAUGAUUGCUUGCACCGUACUGUAAUUGUAUCCAUAUUUGUUUGUAAAAAAACUUAAUUUUUGUUUAAUGACAGUUUUAUUCUUGUAUCGAUUUAGUGACGAGAAUAAGAAAUUAAUUUAGUAUGAUACAAUAAUGAUGUUACUUUUGAUUCGCGCACAUUGUCGGAGGUGAUCGAGCCGCACAGUAUAAGACGUGUCAGCAUUAAAUAUCGACGGGUGAAAGGCUGGUCGGCUUAAGCAACAUUUUUACAACUUUACAGAAGAGACAUUAAAAGUGGUAAAUUUGGAAAAAAAUAUCAUGACAAAAACGAGGCUUGUGGAGAGUAUUAAGUGGUAGGCAGCGGCUUGGCUCUGCCCCUGGCAUUGCUGAAGUCCAUGGGCGACGGUAACCACUCACCAUCAGGUGGGCCGUACGCUCGUCUGCCUACAAGGAAAAAAAAAAACACUUCUUCAGCUGUUUGAACGCGGUAAACUUAAUUGAUGUUCAAUUAAAAACAUACUUUUGAUACUUGUUGUAAUAAAACGUACCUUUCAUUACAAAGAUAAAUAACGCGUGUUAAGCAAAAUGUGGCUUAAACUAAAAUAGCCUUUCACCUCUCGAUAUGAAUAUUUAUCAACGUUUUUAACUGAUAAUUAUUUUUAAUCAUAUCGACGCUUGAAAGGCAAACGUGACUAAGCGACAAUGCAUGAAGUUUACAGUAGACUUAUUUAAAGUUGAAAUACCUGAAAACAAAAUUUAUUUUAACGAAUCUAGCUGUAGUAGAAUCUAGCUAGUAGCUGUAGGAUUGAAAUGAUUUUAAUAGACCUAGAAAUAUACAUUUUUUUGCGCAUCAAAUAUGGUUAUUGCCUAUCAUUUAUGUAUAAAGCAGUUAUUGUCGCUUAGUUCUGUUUGCCUUUCAAGCGUCGAUAUACAUAAUAUUAUAUAGUAUAUUUUUAAAUUUUUUUAAUUGAUGAUGUGUAAAUGUUAAUUUUAAAUAUAUUUCAAUCAUUCUAUCUAUGUACACAUAUGGACUUGUUUCUGAAAUAAAUAAUUUUGUUCCCAGAGACGAGAGCAAUCACUUUCGCAUUUAUGAUUAAUAUUAAAAAAAAAAGCAGCUGCUUUAUUUUACUACCUCAAUAAUUAUUAUAUAAAUACUGUCUUAAUGUUUUUUUUUUUUUAGUUACGUGGGUACCUCGAAUUUCAAUGUUUCAGAAAUGUAAAAUAUAUUUUAAGAUUAUUUUCAUAGAAAAAUAAUAUUUUUUGCAAACAUUUUUAAAGCAAAUAAAUGUUUUAGAAAAAUAAAAUUGGCUUGAAGGUAGUUUGAUUAAAGUUCUAUGAAUUUGUUAAGGGAACUUAAAUUUAAUUAUUAAGAAAUGUAUGCCGCCACCCAGUGGAUUUUGAUUGUAUACAGGAUCUAUAUUAUAGAUAUAUUCUAAUACAUAGAUAUAAGUGAUAACUUUAAUUACCUCAGUACAAACUAUUGGAAGAUCCCAAAAUAGCGACCGGCUUAGUCGGGCGGGCUCUCCGAACUGAUUGAAAUAAACAGAAACAGCUUCUUUUGUGUUUGCAAUAAAGUUGAAAUUUAGUAUUAUUGUUCGACGUAAUUGUUUUGAAAUUUGCAGAUAUUUUUGAGCCCUAUGAUCUUAGUAAUAUGGUUGAAUUUUGUGUCGAAUUCAAUUAUUAAAAUGAGUCGAACGAGUUUAUUAUUGUCCAGCCCGUUCCGAUGUGUCUAACAGAAUGAGAGGCCUAACGGUACUCUUGUUGGAUUAGUUCAGGGCUGUCAUGGAAUAAUUAAAACAAAUAAUUAAUUUUUGUAUGAAAUUACUAAUUACGACUUGAAUUUUGAUAUUUUUUAAAGUGAUUUACAUUGUUGAAACCUAAGCCACGUUUCGGCUUGGUUUGAAGAGAGCUUUUUCUCCGUAGUGAAAGUAGCAACUUAGUGUGGAAAUAUAUCGACGCUUGAAAGGCAAACGUGACUAAGUGACAAUGCGUGAACUAUACAGUACACUAAUUUAAAGUUGAAAUACCUAAAAAAAAAUCUAUUUUAACGAAUCUAGCUGAAUGAUUGAAAUGAUUUUAAUAGACUUAGUAAUAUAUUUUUUUUUUGCGUAUCGAAUAUGGUUAUUGCCUAUCAUUUAUGUAUAAAACAGUUAUUGUCGCUUAGUCACGUUUGCCUUUCAAGCGUCGAUAUGUAUUAAUCCACAUUUACGUGUCAAAUUAGUUUGUUAAAUCAAAAUAUAAGCGAUAAAUAACAUCCAAUUGGGUUUAGAAAUACACAAUUCUAACUUAAAAAUGCUAUUUAUGUGAGAAUUAAUUUUGCGUAAGUCGCAAAAUUUCGACAUGUCCAAGUAUGUAUGCGCCUUAUUAAAUUGCAUUCAUGUUUAUUUGUAAUAAAACUGUAAAUUUCUCAACAUUUAAUAAGGACUUUAAUGUCUCAUCGAUCAGGUGAGUUCGAUGUUAGUGAUGAUAAUGAAAACGAAAUUUGCAAACACACAUGUAACGCACCUUUAAAACUCUUUAGUUUAAAAAAAAAAGAUUAUUAUUAGGCGGUCUGACUGAUCAGUCUGUCAUUCGUUGAAGGAAAUAGUUAAGUUUUGCAUAAUAUAUCUAAUAAUAAUAAUGUUUAAAAUACCUAUUAAUUAAAAAAAGAGAUUAAGGGCUUUAAAUGUUGUUUUCUCAUUAUAUUACAGAAAAGCCAAUUAAGUCUUUUAUUGUUCGUUCAUUCUAGAGUAUUCCAUAUUAUUGUACACAAUUCAGUCAUUGACGAUGGAUGGGUCCCUGUUGAAAAAUAUCCAGUAAAUCCGAUGGGUAAAAUUCCGAAUUUCCACUAAUUUAUCUCAUACUCGGGGCGUUCAAUGGAUCGCAUACAUGCAAGUCUUAAGCUAAGAUAUAAUUACGUUUUUUUAAAUAUGUAUCCAUGCCUCAACCACGCACUCAGUUAAGAAUUAGUAUAUAAGAAGAAAAAAAAACAUGUUAUUGAUGUUGUAAAUGCUAUUAAAUGGUGCUUUGUUUGAAAUUAA